UCCCCUACCUGCAAAUCACGCCUCGUAAGCCGAGGUUUCUCGAGUGUAAGUAAAGUCGCGCGCGGUCCCCGUUACAAGACUCUGCGAAAUCAGUGGAAAAGGGUAGAGCGCGCGUUACGCUCCCAGCAUUUUCUCUUUCGAUCUUUUAUUACGAUUUUUCAUCGGUACGCGGCUGGCCGAGUAGGUACUUGUCGUUUACUUGAAUCUCGUUCAGCGUGAAGAAGUUAGUUGGUUCGUUAUUUUUUACGAUAGAUCAGACUUUGUGAAAAACUUUCGAUCGAUCUUAAUGAAAAAGAGAAGAAGAAUGGGAGACUGAUCUGCAGUAAAUUAAUCGACUAAUCGAUUAAUAGACCGAUCAACGGGAAAGCGAACAAAGAGAAACGGGAUAAAAGUGAAGCUAGAGAAAAAGGAAAAGGAGAGCUGCGUGAAUGUGCAGUCUCGUAGACCAGCAGGACCACCUACGGAUGAUCGCUAUGGCAAACGAUCACGUUCUUUGACGCGUUUGAUUCGUACGAGGAAAUGGAUGAAGACAUGCAACGAUGAAGAGAGAACGAUUUGGUUGUUGGUAUUUCUAGUCGGUUCGAAUUAUUACGUGGAAUAGCUACUAUGAAAAGAGGGUGGUACUUGCCGUUGGUGCUUUUAAUUUCCAUCGUUUCCUCGUCAAAGCAAACGGGAUGGAUACCGUGCAUCGAGUUGAAACGAGAUUUGCAAGUCCCUUGCAAAUGUUCCGUUUCCACGGAAUACAGCCGCUCGAUCGAGAUGAAUUGCGACCGGGCGAUCUUUACGCGAGACAACGUGGACAGUCUACGAGAGGAGCCGAUCGUUUCGUUCAGCCAAAGAAACAGCGGAUACCAAAAUCUACCGGAGGAUUUGCUCGAAUCCGCGAACUUAAACCUGAGGAAACUCGAUUUAUCUGGCAAUUCGAUUCAUAGACUGAUGGGUCGCGCGCUUCGUGCCCAGACGCUGCUGACCGAAUUAAAGAUGGCCGAUAAUUUAUUGGGCGACAACCUGAAUCCGAUAUUUUCGAGCAACGAGUUUCACGGGAUGAAGGAGCUGAGACUGCUCGAUCUGAGCAGAAACGGUCUUCGAAGUAUCGAAGAGGGUAUAUUCAAGGGGUGCGACAGCCUCGAGCAACUUUACUUGGACGGUAACAAUUUGACCGCGGUACCGACGAUGUCGCUGAAAGGACCAAAGUCUAUCAGAGUGUUGUCGCUGUCUGGUAAUAAUAUCGCUUCGUUGCCACGAGCCGCUUUUUCGAUGAUCGGUGAAUCGCUAUUGCGAUUAGAUCUGAGCGAUAACGAACUGUCUCAUAUGGAGGAUGACGCUCUUUCCGGACUGGAACAAUUGUUGCUCUUAAAUAUAUCCCACAAUGAUCUCGGCCGUUUUAACAGUGACGUAUUCAAAGGGGCUUAUAAUUUACUGCAAUUGGAUCUGUCGGCAAACUUCCUUCAAGAAUUUCCCAGCGACGCGUUGAGACAUUUGACGGACUUGAAGUUUCUCAACGUUUCCAACAAUUUAAUUACCGAGAUAGAACGCGUGCAGUUGACGACGCUGAAAGAACUUCAGGUAUUGGAUCUUAGUCGAAACAACAUUGGUCGGCUUGGAGCAAAUACCUUCUCAGAUCUUUCUAGCCUCGCUAGGCUCGACUUAAGCUUGAACGUUUUACGCACGGUGGAGGAAUCAUCGUUCGACGGUUUGAUCGAGCUAAAGUGGUUAUCUUUGCAAGACAAUAACAUCUUAUUAGUACCGGGUACGGCUCUAGCGAGAUUACCCUCGUUGACUCAUCUUCACAUGGAGUUCAAUCGUAUAGCCGCACUGUCCACCGAGCUGAUCAAACCGACAUCCUCCAGUCUCGUUAGACUGGCGCUUACCCGAAACCUGAUGCGAGAAAUACCGGCUGGCUUGUUUCGGGAUUUCGAGAAUCUGAUCGGCAUCGAGUUAUCCGGAAAUAUGCUGUCCAGCAUCUCCAGCGACACGUUCUCCGGACUAGAGGACACGUUACUCGACUUGGACGUUUCCUUUAACAGGUUAACGUCGAUCGGCGAACUUGCUCUGAAGAAACUGAUUUCUCUUAACUUGGCCGGUAAUCGACUGACGCGGAUCAGGCCAGAGACUUUCGCCCAAUUGCGGAUGCUCGAAUUUUUAAACUUAAGCUCGAAUCCGUUGUACGGAGGUUUCCCGCCGGUUUUUCCAUCCUCCUUGCUGAACCUGGACGUGUCGCGAACCGGUCUAAAGAUUUUACCGGCGAUAUUGUUCCGGAACCUCGAAUCCAUCGAGAGAAUAUCGAUCGCUGGAAAUCGGUUGGAAAGGAUCGAGGAAGCGACGUUUAACGAUCUUCGCAACCUGUCCAGGAUCGAUCUGUCCGGCAAUCGACUUGAACUGAUCGAGAACGGAGCUUUCGUGGGCUUGAUCGGUCUGUACGAGUUGAACUUGCGAGGGAACAGAUUAAGCUCGUUCGCCGGGGAACACUUCGAUACCGGGACCGGUCUUGAGAUUCUAGACUUGUCCGACAAUCGAAUAGAACGAUUCUCCCCGACGGCUUUUGCGAUUCAUCCGAGGCUGAGGGAGCUCGAUCUGUCGGGCAAUCGACUCGUCUACUUGCCGACCGAUUACUUGAAACCAUCGCAAUUCUUGGAGGGGCUUCGAUUGGCCAGGAACAGCUUGAGACGCAUCGACGAGUUUGCCUUUUCUCAGCUCGGCCGGCUUCGAGAUUUGAACCUGGCCUCGAAUCGGAUCGAAUCGGUCGACGAGCUGGCUUUUCACAACUCUACCCAGCUACAAUUGAUCGAUCUGUCCGGAAACGUUAUCGAAACGUUGAGCGAAAGAACGCUCGAAGGUCUGCUCCGUCUCGAGCAUUUGAAUCUACGGGACAAUCGUUUGAACACCUUACCGGAUACGAUCUUCGAGCCGAGCAGAGUGCGCACGGUCGAGAGCAUCGAUCUGGCCGGAAAUCGGAUCAAUGAGAUCCCGAUCAUAUCCCUCCGAAGACAAUCUGGCUCCUUGUCCAGUUUGAAUCUCGCUCGUAACAGGAUGGUCGAACUGUUCGAUCAGGAUAUCCCUGGCAACCUGAAGGACCUAGAUCUCUCGGGCAAUCCUUUAAGCGAGAACGCGAUCAACCGAAUUCUCGGAGAGGCAAAGAUUUUGCGUUCAUUGAAUCUUGCCAAUACCGGUGUUAAACGUCUGGUCAGAUUGGAAACACCUUUUCUCAAGCGACUGAAUCUGUCCGGGAACGAUCUGAUGAACGUUCCAAGCGACGCGCUUGAACGCACCACCAUGCUACAGAGCUUGGAUCUCUCGAGGAACAACUUUUCAGAUUUUCAAAGCGUGAUCGGUACUUUGAAACGAUUACCGGUGCUUCGUUGGUUGGACGUGUCCGGAAACGACGCGGGAAUUUUAAACGAAACCAGCUUCGACGGUUUGAACGGCUUGCGUUUUCUUAACCUGUCCGACCUGCCCACCUGCACCAGGAUCGAGAAGAACGUUUUCAAACCGUUGCCGAAGCUACGCUCCUUGUCGGCGUAUAGCUACCCGAAAUUAGGUUACUUCGACCUACAGGGGAUUCUUAAAGGAAUGAACGGUUUAGAGACGUUGGACGUCGAGGUGAAAGAUUCAUCGGUGAGCAACGAACAGUUAUCGAUACGCAGCCAUCCUCGGCUCAGGGAAUUAACUCUGCGAGGCGAGAGACUGAAGAAUCUAAUGUCGAGCUCGUUGGUCGGCGUUCGAGGACCGACCUUCUUUCUCGGUCUAAAGAACACCUCCAUCGACUCGAUACCCGCUUCCUUGUUUUUCCCGGUCCCGCGUUCCACUCACUUGGAGCUGGACGUUUCCGGCAGUAAAUUUACCACUCUGUCCGCUCAAUUCCUUGCCGCGCUCGACGAACGAACCGGCUUCGUCAAGAUCAACGGCCUUCAACGGAAUCCGAUUAACUGCGAUUGCGACGCCAGGCAACUGUGGAAGUGGCUGAAAACGAACGGUAAUGGCCACGCGUCGAGCGUCCUUUGCGCCGCUCCGCCUCACCUCCGCGGGGCUAUUUUCACCAAUCUGACCGAGGAUCGAUUAUCGUGUUCCAACUUCUCUUUCGUUUCUUCUUUAUUGUACGAUCAGUCGGGCGAUCGAGUACCGGCCUCCAAUAACUUGGAAACGACGCUCCCUUCCAUUGGUCAUGCCUCCGGUAGAUCGACGCUCCCAGAGCCCGACAUCAUUUGGACAGUAGCCCCUACGGUUCGAAACUCUGAUCGCAAUAAGCAUUACAACGAGGACCGCGUGCUUACCGCGUCACCAGGUGCGAACGCUUCGGGAACCGACGAUACUUUGAUCAUCGGUAUCGUUGGCGGAGUAGUCGCGUUCAUAGCCUUCAUUGUGCUAGUCAUUUGCGUGUGCCGUUUCAAAUGGUCCGGCCGAAUAGAACAAGCACGUUUGGCUGCUCUGGCCACUAGCAGCAUCCCUGACGUUUCGAUGAUCAGAGGCGCAGCCAGCACCUACUCGGGCAAAAUCAAUCACGAUAUCUACGUUGGAUCCUACAACGGAUCGACGUUGGACCGCGGAAACGGACCGAUCGUUCCUCCCGUUCCGACCACGCCCGUUCAAAUGAUGCCUUACGUACAACCACCGAUACACCUCGUGCACACCCUUUUACCUCCCACACCGCAAUCCCAUUCGCACUCGCAAUCGCAACUGCAAGCACAACAGUUUUACGGAUAUUGCGAUGCUCCCUCUUUACCUAUGUACAUUGCCUGUCCUCCGGAUACUAAAUGCGACAGAUAACUUUUCCAUUCCAAGCACGACGCGACGGCGCAAGCCUCGUAUAAUACCUCAUGCAUAUUCGAAUAUCUUCAAAUAUCUUAUUAUCAUACAUACUUAUGUACAUACAUCGUUUUCUUAUUUUGAAAACUACAUAUUUGUUAAUACAGGAAAGUCUUCUUCUUUCAACGAAUCCAUUCUCCUUUGACGUAUUUUCCAGAAGCGAUCUGCUAAACGAUACUCUUAUCUGCUUCUUUCUUCCCUGCAAAUAAAUAAAUAAGUUAAUGUUAGUAAAUAGAUAAAUAAAUGAAUAAAUAUUGUUAUACAU